UGACUGCUGUUUCUCCAGUUCUGUGGGAACACAAAGCGUAGGUCCUCGUCAUCAGAUUUCUUAGCAGCGCUUGCUUCAUCCAUUUUGGCUGGCCUUGCUUCAGCGACAGUGGAUUGCUAUGGAGAAAGGGCGUGGUUACUGUUUGAUGCUGUUUACGCUCGCAUCUUUGGUGGUGUUGACCAGCGAAUCAAAUCCGACGGCACUCAAGCUAUUAAGAGGACUGUGGAGAUACAGUUGUGAGGAGCCACAAAUGGAACCAGUGGGGGACUGCACCGCAAAUAUAAACAAAUACUUCUUCAACAAAACCGCGAACAUGUGUCAAAAGUUUUACUGGAAUGGCUGCCUUUCCAGAGGCGUGUACGAAACACGCUACGCAUGCGCACUCAAUUGCAACGAAGGUGAAGCAGCUGCAUUCUGUGCAAAACCUCACCCUGGCGGAUGCGAGACUAGAAAGACUGGAGGCUGGAGACAACGAAACUACGAAUUGGAUGCGUUUUACUAUGACAUCAGUUCGAGGGCGUGCAAGUCUUUUAAGUUCUGUGGACCCCCAGCACCACCAGACUCAAACUUAUUCACCAGCCUGUCGAUGUGUCUCAUGGAAUGCGAAGGAUUUCCCUUCGGAGAAUAGGAGCCACAGCACAGGAUUUCUUCAACUGUCUUACCUGAACGAAGUCGUUCAAGUGUGCUCUAAUAAUAUACGUACAACGGGUGUAUUGAGCAUUCUUUUACAAAGCUUAUCUCUGCGAACAUUUUCACAACUGUGUAUGUGGGCGUGGAUCUGAAAACAUCCUUACUGUCACUUGGAACACUAGUAUUCUAUUUUUUAUGUCUACACGACAUUGGUCUGCUUAUUGCGACAAUAACAGUCACCGUUUCUGCAUAUCACAGAACGCCCUUAAAUAUUCUCAUCUUUAUUGGACUUUUUACUACCAUGACGUUUCGCAUGUCAGAAAAUG